AUGUUUUUUCUUGAUUUUACAGUGGAUAUAUGGCGCCUGAAUAUGCAAUGCGAGGCCACUUAACGGAUAAAGCAGAUGUUUAUAGUUUUGGAGUUGUUGCCUUGGAAAUUGUUAGUGGGCGGAGCAACACUAGUCACCGGCAAAAGCAGGAUGCUUUUUAUCUUCUUGAUUGGGCUCAAAGUUUGAAGGAAGAAGGGAAGUUAAUGGAGCUAGUUGACCCCAGGUUGGGAACAGACUUCAACAAGAAAGAGGUGAUGGUGAUGAUCAAUGUGGCUUUUCUAUGCACUAGUCAUGUUACUGUUGCCAGACCUUCCAUGUCCUUGGUUGUCAGCAUGCUAGAAGGGAAGGCUGCCAUCAACGAAUUGGCUUCGGAUUCAAGUUUGUCUAACAGUCAGGUGAAUGCUGAGAUUAUGAAGAAGCACUACCAACAGCUUGAUCUCACUGAGACUCACAGUAUAUCAACAGUUGGUCCAUGGUCUGCUUCUUCUACAUCAGCAGCUGAUCUUUAUCCAGUCAAUUUGGAUUCCGGUUACUUCAAGGACAGAGAGUGAUUGACGAGAUGGUACACGCUUUGGGAAAUUUCCCAAAUGGUUUCAUUCUCUCGGCCCAACAAGUUCUCACCAUGUACAUUUUACUCCUGCAUCAAAAAUUUUCUUGGAGAUCUCUGUCUUUUUAAAUUAAGAUGGUAACAAGGCUUGGUUAUUGAUGUUGGUGACAUGAUAAUUUUGUUUUUAUUUAUAUGUUUCUUGAAUUAGUAGAAAAUUAAUAAGGCUCCUCAGUCUCACUUGUUUGCCAAUAUAUUUGAUUUGAUCAUCAGCUGUUUGAUUCAAUUCUGAUUCUGUUCUAGAAA